AUCUGUAGUCACUGUCCUAUCACAGCUGUAUGUCAGUUUAUGUAUGGAAUGUAUCUUUUUUUACAAGUUUUUAGUUUAUAUAACAGUUUACAAAAGAAAUGAUAAAUUACAUCUUUAGAUAAUUAAAAUUACUUAAGUAUCGAUGAAGGAGAAUUUCGAUAGCUAAAGGUAUGUCUCUCUCACAGUUUUUACGAACGGAAUUAACGAGAGGCUAUCAAUUGGAAAAUGAUGAAGAAAGAUUUUCUGCAAGAAGGGAAAAAAUUUAUUCCUUUAUGAAAAUUCCAAGGGAAGUCGAAAAGUUCAUGACCUAUGGAUUCUUGCAGUGUGCAGACUCAUUUCUAUUUGUUUACACAUUUUUACCAUUGAGAUUCAUGAUGGCACUAUGGACAGUAAUUACAAGACCCCUUUGGUACUGUUUAAGAAAAGAGAGGAAUAAUUUAAAAGUUGGAGAAAGACAUUUAAGACCUGCAGAGAUCUGUGAUCUUUUGAAGGGAAUUGUAGUGAUCAGCUGUUGGGCAGCUACUUGGAAAGUUGAUACAUCUAUGAUGUAUCAUUUGGUGAAAAGUCAGUCGGUAAUAAAAUUGUACAUAUUUUAUAAUAUGCUGGAGGUUGGGGAUAGAUUGUUCAGUGCUUUUGGUCAAGAUACAAUUGAUGCUUUGCUGUGGACUGCUACAGAGCCUAGAUCAAAGACCCAAACAGGAUCCCAACAUUUGGGUACGCUACCGCAUUUGCUGUUUGCGGUUACUUAUGUUUUGUUGCACAGUAUAUUGGUAUUGUUCCAAGCAACUACAUUAAAUGUAGCAAUAAAUAGCAGCAACAAAGCCUUACUGACUAUAAUGAUGUCUAACAAUUUUGUAGAAUUGAAAGGUUCUGUUUUUAAGAAAUUUGACAAGAAUAAUCUCUUUCAACUAUCUUGCGCAGACGUAAGGGAGCGUUUUCAUUUAAUGAUGCUUCUUCUUGCUGUAAAUCUGCAAACGAUGAAAGAAUAUGCAUGGAAAGCGGAGCGUCUCGCGGUGCUUUUACCAGAUUGUAUAAUGUUGUUAUUGGCAGAGGUCCUCGUAGAUUGGGUGAAACACGCCUUUAUAACCCGUUUUAAUGAGCUUCGUUCCACAGUGUAUAGGGGUUACACUAUAAGUUUAGCUUACGAUAUGGCACAAACGCGUCAAGAAACUGCUUUUUCUGAUCCUUCAGAUUUGGUAGCUCGUAGGAUGGGUUUCAUUCCUCUUCCUCUUGGCGUUGCGAUAGGGAGAGUCCUAUGCACAACUAUCACACCAGCUGCGAAACCAGCAAACAUAAUUCUUUUACUUUUAGCAUACCUAAUUCUAGUAGCGUUAAGAAUUCUAAUCAGCUUAGUAGUUCUUGGUAAGGCAUGCGAUUUGAUCGCAUCGCACACGAAGGAAUCGGAGGUGGUGUCUUUAAAGCAUUCAGCUACUAGUACGGAUGUAAAGAAUCCAAAUCUAGCUACAGCAAUGUUUUCCAAUAGUUCAAUCAGUUUAAAUAAUGUUUGUCUAAACGAAGCUGUUUUAAAGGAGGAGGUAGACAAUGAAAAAAUUAGUAAAGAAGUUAUAGACUAAUGUAUAUAUCUUUUUUUACUAAGUUAUAGACACAAUUGAUAAUCUUAUAUUAGAAAAAUUCUUUGAAUGGUAAUGAAACAAUUUUACAAAUUUAUUCUUAAAAAGGCCUGUAUAAAAAUCCUUGCUGUACAGAAACUGUGAUAAUAAAUAUUUAACAUUUACUGGAAGUUUUUGCAACAGGAAUACCUCUAUUGUAAAGAUUGCUGUUCAAACAUCAAAAAUGAAUAAUUAUUAACUAUAUAACGAUAUAAUAAAAAUAUAGUGCAUAGAUAGUUCAUUAUUUCAGUAUUUCUCAACUUUGCAAAGAAUUUCUAUUUUUUUGCUAUAUAAUCAACAAAUAAAUGGUACAAAAAAUUAAUAAAGUCUGAACAACAAUGAAUUAUGAUGCCUUUGUUAAACUAACAUAUUUAUUUGGUGCUGUUACACGUCAACAGGGUUUAACGUUGCGUUAAGUUUAAUUCUUUAUCAUAUUUAUAUACAAGUAGUAGCUAUUGUUGUGUUAGAUAUUUCUGCUUAUUGGUGUACAAAGCAUUAUAUUUUUAAACAAGUAGAAAUAAUAAAUGUAUAUAAUAUAUGUAUUUAUAUGUAGCCUAUCGAAAUGUAUAUUUUUUCAUUAAUUCGUACAAAUUUUUU